UACUCUCACAUUUGUUCAAUGUAAUGCAAACCUUUGCGUAAUUCAUCCCUCAAUAUUUAUUUUUCACAUUUUUAGGUGGUAACUGCUGACCACGCCCAGCUGAUGGUACCCAUGAUCCUUGAGAAGAAUCUCUGGUCAUCCAUUCCUGGUGAGGACACCAUCAUGAACCUUCCUGGCUUCUGGCUGGUUCGUCGGGAAAACCUUGAGUACUUCCCACGAGGAAGCAGCUACUGGGACCGUUGCAUGGUGGGUGGCUACCUUUCCCCAAAGAGCGUCCUAGAAGUUUUCGAGAAGCUUGUCGCUGGCUCCAUCAACUGGCCCGCCAUCGGUAGUGUUUUAGAUUACAUCAUCCGACCCGUGGUCCCGUCGGAAACGCUUACGCUAGAAGUGCAGUACGAAACGGACCGUCGCCUUUAUGUGGACUUCCUCCCAUUGCUUGUUAUGGAGGACGGCGUCUCGCUGAUCGCCAAACCGCAUCGAUUGGCCGCCGAACGGCAUGAGAACCUGUGGCGGCAGAGUUUUCGUGUGGCGGAAACGGCGAAGUUACGUGCGCUCGAUCAGGAAGACGCCGGGUGCCGUUGCGCGUGUCUUAAAAUCAUUAAAGCCGUGUGUAAACUGAAUCCAGCGCUGGCACGAUUAAACGCAAGCCAGCUCACUAAUGCAAUCCUUCUCCUGAGCGAACAGGAGGGCGAUUGGACUCAGGAAGCGCUCGCCGAUCGUUUCAUGCAGCUGCUUCGUGCAUUAGUGGGACACCUAGAGGCUGGGAGGUUACCCUGCAUCUUCAGUCUCAAAGUCAAUCUGUUCUGUGAGCUAACACCACAGGAAAUAGAUGAACUGGGAUACACACUAUACUGUGCAUUGUCUGACCCAGAGAGCCUUUUGAGAACUGUUUAGAAAACACGCAUGCACAUAUGCCCACCACUUUUUGGUCCCCGCACAGAAUUGAGUUGGCAAUAAUGGCAAUGUUUUCAUACGUGUCUUGUUCGGAGUAGAUCAGGAACCUCAAUUGUUUUUGUCAGUCGUACCAUCAUAAGUUAUUUUCAGGUUCUACAACCUCAUCCGUUGGUCAUAUUUUAUAUGGCCGUCUUAUAUAAUUUCAGUGUUUUUGACUUUUCUAAUGCACAGUGAAGUAUCAUAACGAUUAUAUAUUUAUCUAGUGAAGAAUCAGAUUGAUUCGGUGAUAUUUUCUUAUAGAUUCAAGCACCGUCAUCACUUAUGUGUUUCUGUUGUUACCCAAACGGCGAUGAGUAUCUGGUGGUAAUUUGACAUGUUACAUUUGAUCUGUGAAAUUCAUGAUUUUAUGUUUCCCAGUUAUUCGUUACGUGGAACAUUGUUCAGUAUUUUCUCCGAUUUUGUUCUUGGAUUCGUCAAAAUACUUUCCUUUAGAAAAAUAUAUGACACAGAGAGCCGUUUUAGAUUAAUCAGAUGGCAGGGUCUCUGAAUUAUCUUUCAGUUACUAAAUUUCCUGUGAUCUUUUCAGAAAUGCUUGCAACUCUGUGUGAUUGUAUAAUUUAAUUAUUUUUAGUAAA